AUGCUUUUGGUCCUAACGACCUUGUGCUCAGCACUUGCAGAUGACGCUGUUUGCAGCUUGCAGAAGGCUUCUCGUGGACCAAUCGGUUUUGACAGAGAAGUUCGAAAUUUGGAGCGUGAGGAUGUCCAGCCAAAAGAUUUGUGGUCGAAACCUGGCUUUGAAUUCAGGCAAUGCCCCAAGCUCACGACCGUGUCAAAAAAUCUUCAAUUGCAAGUGAGACAUCAGCUCAACGGCCUGACGAAGAAACCGACAUGUUCAGGCGGACAGGUCUUGAUCGGAGACUUUGUGAAUGGCAGCUACAAAUAUACUUGCUGCAAUGCCGGUGAGCAAUGCGGGGGCUGUCGCGUUGUUAGGGACGGAGCUUGUAGGCAAUGUGCUGCUGGAUAUGUCCUGCAGACCGUACCAGUUGUCAACAUAUCCAAGUGCUUCAUGUGUGACGAUGUUCCCAACUGGCAUGAUAUGCAAGGCAGAACCUGUGCUGACCUGCAACAAGAUGGCAUUUGUUCCGGGGCAUGGCCCAAAACAGCUGACGAUGUUCAAUUCCAGGGACUCAGGCCAAGUGAGGCAUGCUGUGCAUGCGGAGGAGGAAGCGUCUAUCCGACACCUGUCUACAUGCCUUUGCAAAGCAAGUCCCUGUAUGCCGGCCAAUACGUGGAUGCCACGCCAGAGCCCAUCACAGCUGAAGUCGUGGAGGUUGCGCCAGGGUGCACCUUUGGGUCCUCCGGCUUGACCCUGGCAAGCAAUGGGAGGGUCUCAGGUGUGGCCUCGAAGAAGAAUGUGACGGAGAUCAAAUGUUCCAUGGUGUCGGUGCAAGAUCCUGUACGUGGGAUUGUCACUCAGACAGAUUUCUCCAUACCGCUCUCCGCGUUCUCCUAUGGAGAACAGGUGGUGUACUUCAAAUUUUGGGGCUUAGAUGGCAACCCAUCGGAUGCAACUGUCCCACUUCAGUCGAGGAACGUGGAUAGGCCGAGGUCUUUUCAACUGCAGUGUGACACAGCCUGUCCGUGGCUCUCGAUGACUUCUUCCGGCGCGCUGAAAUGGAAUCCGGAGAAAGGACCUAAGACAGGCUUGCCAGAAGAUCUGAGGGAGCAGGUGACGACAUUAGCAGGAAUGCCUUCUUGCAAUUGCCAAGUGCUGGGAAAUUGGCCAACCAAGGGUGGAGCCAAAGCAGUGACGCAUGAGUUCUCGGUGUCGCAAGCACGCCUUUGGAAGGGAGGUGUGUGGGAGGUUCCGAGCAUCACAGGCCGCGUCUCUGAGGAGAUCUCGGAGGUGCCUCUUUUGGAAGACUUGGGACCAGGCUUUCAGUGGUACAACCGUUCAGGACAUGUCUUUGAGGUGCCCAUCGUCGAAAACAUCACCACAGGAGAGAAGUUCAUCGUGUCCAAGUCCAUCCCCCAAACAUUUUGGAUGUGGACUGCAAAGUCGUUGGAGACGAAGGGAAACAACUCAAAUGGUCUCGCAUUUCUGGUGAUGUCACGCUGGAAGGGGACGUGGCUUUCAACCUGGACCCACAAACUGGCACAGUCUCUGGCACUCCUGGCCUCAGCUUGUCUGCGACCCAGGGUCGAGCUGAGCUGA